AUGCUAAUGUCAGCAAUUGCGCUUGCACAUCAGCCAGCUGCCGUAGUAGGAGUUGAUAUAGAUGGAUAUGCUCUUUCGAUUUGUAGAGGAAACCUCGAAGAACUCGAAAUAGAUCACUGCUGUGACCUGAUCAAAGCUGAUGUACUCCAAAUACCAGAUGCUCUACAUGGUCACUUUGACAUCGUGAUUAUGAACCCUCCAUUUGGAACUAAGAAGAACGAAGGUAAUCAUUUUUCAUACUGGUCAACGCUAUGGCAAACGCUCGAACGCCAGGCUUUUUCUCAAUAA